AUGGGGGACUCGGAUGACUGGGGGCAGGAUUACUCAGCGGAGCAUGGUUACUCGGAUGACUGGGGGCAUGAUCACACCGAGGAGUUCGGUGGACCUGAUCCUUAUCUAGCUCCUGGCCACACACACACCAGACCUCGAUCACCCGAGACUCUCCCUCAUGCCGACCCGGCAAUGAGACUUCUCUUCGAGAAGGUCCGGCGCCUGGAGAAUGAGCAGCAGCGCAACCACCAACCCCUCUGGGCAAAGCCGCGACCUGGUCCCUUUACCGAGCGCAUCCUUAAUUACCACAAAGAGAAGGAAAUCCAGCCCCUCCGCAUCGCCUUCUACACUGGCACAGAGGAUCCCCCUCACCCAUAUACAUUCUUUCCAGUCUGCCAUGGGAUGCAAAGGCUUAACGGACGAGGGCAUGUGCCUCCUCUUCCCAUCUACCCUCAGCGGGGCGGCCCUGAAUUGGUUCUACAGGCUGAGCCCCCCGCACCAUCAAUACGUUUGACAGUCUGA